AUGCCUCUCGUCGUGGUGUGCGGAAUUCCUGCGGCUGGCAAGAGCACAGUCGCCACUGCGUUGGUCGACCAUCUACAGCGCCAGUCUCCAGAGCAAGAGGUCGUGUGCAUCUCGCCUGCUACUGUCAAUGUGGACAAGUCGCAGGGCUAUGCUGACAACAGGGAGGAGAAGAACACUCGCAGUGCGUUGAAAGCGGCGGUGGAGAAGGUGGUGAACACGCAGACGAUCGUGGUGCUGGACGCGCUCAACUACACGAAAGGGGAGCGCUACGAACUCUUCUGCAAGGCCAAAGCGGAGAGCACGACGUACUGCGUGGUGUACGUGGAUACUCCGGUGGAGGUGGCCUUGCAGCGUAAUGCGGCGCGGGAGGAGCGGAUCGACUCCAAGUUGCUGGAGGAAUUGGCAGCUCGAUUUGAGGCGCCGGUGGAGAAGAACCGAUGGGACAGUCCGCUGUUCCGCUUGACGCCUGAGGACUUUUCUGCGGACGGAACGGGGGUGCCCCUGGACGCUAUCACGGACGCUGUUCGCUUUGGGAAGACGGUGAAGGCGGGUCUGGCCACGCAAGCGGCUCCUGCUGCAGAGACGAGUUUCCUCCAGGCGCUGGAUGAGGUCACGAGCGCUGUUGUGGACGCCUUGCUGGCUCACCAGCGCGAUGCCGGAGUGGCUGACGGUCUGCGUAUCCCGCCGCAUACUGUCAACAAUGAGCUCAGACUUACCAGACCGCUGUCUACAGCUGAGACUCGACGCCACCGCCGUCAAUACAUCAAGAUCACGCGGUUGAGGCCGUGUUCUGUCGCAACCAUUGGCGACCUCUUCGUCCAGUACCUGAACCAGCAAGCGUAA